AUGGCCGUCACCAAUGACGCCAGCGACGAUGCGUUGCUCGCCAAACCGCAGUCUGAAGAACAUGCCGUCUUGGAUCGAACCUCGAGCGUAUACAAUCCCCUCCAAACAUAUCAAGUCGGACAGAAACACUACCAGCAACAAUAUGCCGACAUGUACUUUGCCCGUCUGACACAACUGAAGCCCUCAAUCGAAACCAUUGCCGCAGAGGCCUUUGGCGACUACGAAAUCUCCGGCGAGGCGGCGAGACAAGUCGAUCGAGUGCUGGAUGUGAGACAGGGGAAUCUCUGCUGGGUAAUUGGGACCGUCUACAUGGAAAUGCCAUUGAAGCCGAACGUGCUGGAUGAUAUUGGGAAAGAGCAUUGGAUUGCUGCUCCGCCGGCAAGAGAGAAGUAUGCGGGAGAUGGGGUGGAGGUGCAGAUGAUGCUGGAGGAUGAGUCCGGCAGGUUGAGAUUGACGGGCAACUUUUUGAGGAGUGUCUUGUUGGUCACGGGGGCCAUUGUCGCCGUGCUGGGGACGGAGAAUGCGGAUGGUGAUUUCGAGGUGCUGGAUUUGAGGGUGCCCGAUCUUCCACGUCAGCCUGAACGAUGGGAGAGGGAUGAUGGCGAUGCGGCAUUGGCGAAGAAGAAGGUCACAGAUGCAAAGCCGAAGGCGGGAAGGGUCGCCAUUGUCUCAGGACUGUCCAUUAGUGGAGACGCUGGCGAUACGCUGACCCUAGACCUGUUGAUGGAAUGGCUGACGGGAGAAGCAUCCUCAUUUGAAGACCAGACUGCUGCAGCUACGGUGUCUCGGCUCAUCGUUGCUGGCAACUCCCUCGCUCACGCCCAGCCCAUCCCAACCCGCGAAGAGCUCAUUGCAGCGAAAAAGACAAGUCAGAAGAAGUACGGCUACGACGCUGCAUCAUACAACGCUGCACCUAGCGAUCGUUUGGACACCUGGCUCGCAAGCCUGCUCCCUUCCAUCCCCAUCACUAUUCUCCCAGGACAAUCAGACCCAACAUCGACAGCACUUCCCCAACAUCCCAUCCAUGCAGCCAUGUUCCCGCGCUCGAGAGCGUACACUCAACAGCCUGUCUCCACAGCUGCAGGCAGUCAUGCACCUAACUGGUUCGACAGCACCACUAAUCCAGCUGAAUUUGACGUCGACGGCUGGCGCUUUCUCGGCACUGGCGGUCAGACUGUGGAUGAUGUCUACAAGUACGUCUCCGGUGAGGAGAGACUGGAGAUGAUGGAAGCCAUGCUUCGCUGGCGGCUCACGGCACCCACAGCGCCCGAUACAUUAUGGUGCUUCCCCUUCCAAGAUGGCGAUCGCUUUGUCAUGAAGGAAUGUCCGCAUGUCUAUUUUGUAGGCAACCAGCCCAAGUUUGAGACGACCGUCAUUGAGGGUCCGCAGGGACAGAUGGUGCGCUUAGUUGCUGUGCCAAAGUUCAAGGAGACUGGAGAGGUGGUCGUCGUGGAUUUGGAGACGCUGGAUGCAGAGCUGGUCAAGUUUGAGGUAUUUGAAACUGGGCUGUGA